AUGGCAAUCCACAUAGUCCAGGCACAAUACCCCCAAGAUGCCGAGUCGGUCCGAUCGUUGUUCUGUGGGUAUUCGACAUCACUUGGAAUCGAUUUAACAUUUCAGUCAUUCCAAGAGGAGCUAAGUUCCCUUCCUGGGAGAUAUGCAGCCUCUCAAGGGGGUGCUCUCUUAAUCGCAACCAUUGAAGGGCCCACUCAACGCGACUCAACGCUUACCGCCCCACCGCUUCCGCGCGCUUCCCAGGUGCUGGGUUGCGUCGCCUUACGCCGCAGUUCCGGAGGGUGGUGUGAAAUGAAACGUCUGUACGUUCGGGAAGAAGCGCGAGGAGAACGCCUGGGGGAUAGAUUGGUGGAAGCCAUCUUGGAACAGGCCAAAGCCCUGGGCUACAGCGGAAUUCGGUUGGACACACUGCCUGAAAUGUCAGCAGCGCAAGCAUUAUAUCGCAAGCAUGGUUUCGUGGAAACCUCGCCUUAUUAUGACACUCCCAUCCCACACACUGUCUUUAUGAAUUGUGCGUUUUCGAAUCCGUGA